UGGUGAGGCUGGCUGGCUAUGCUUGACUCACGUUCUGAGGUUCUGAGUAACAUCAAGACGAGAAUAGAUAGGGCUCAUAAGCGAAAGUUCUUGGUAUUGAAUGAAAGCUGACCACCACACCGAUGAAAUGGGUAAAGUGUAGUUACUGUAUGAGCCAUGGCUACCGGGUUCCACGGUUUCCCACAAGGCAGUUGGAGGAGAUAUCUCACUGCAUUCUGGGCAUGUUUUUCUGGAUUUUUUUCUUUUUUUUCCUACUUCCUCCCUGCUCUUCCUUCUCUUCUGCUGCCAAAAGCGUAAAGACACGGAACAGAAUAAGGAAAGAGAUGACAAAAAGGGGUGUAUCUUAUCGGAGGAUUAGACAGCCAGCUGAUGUCUGCGAGCCCUAUGAGCUGAGCUGCCGGGUUCGGUUCAUCCCUUGCGAUGGCAGAGCAGUAAACACAGGUAGCCCUGUAUGAGGUAGAUGAAAAGAGAGCGCUGGGACUACCAUAGCUAACUAGCUACCGCUCAGCCCCUAGAGAAUGGAGACUGCUUGGCCCCUGAUCUACAAAAGCUGUAACAGCACCACCAGCCUUGCGGGCGUGCUGCUUGGUGACCAUCGAGCAAGUGAUUAAUGUUAGUUGCCCGCGAGAAGGCGUGCAGCGCCCCGUGGUUGUUUUGAAAGAAUUCCUUGCACGAAACUAUGCUGCUAGGGCAUACCUAAUCUCAGAUAGGAGCAACGCUAGGGUGGUAGAGAUUUAGUUGACUGGAUGUUCCGUUCUCUCUAGCGUCGCUAUAGAUUUCCUCUUUUCUGGAAAUGAAUCUGUUACAACAAAGCUUUUCGCCAUGUUUUUUUUUUU